AUAAUCAUUUUGAUUUGAGGUGCAUUUAUUAAUCGUUUUUCGAAUGGACGAUUAAUGUAUUUCCUAAAUAAUAGUUAAUUUUCGUGUUCAUACGUAAUCAUUAUUAUGCAGUAUGAGCUGUCAACAACUAACUGCAGUGUGUGUUUUUAUGACCACAUGUCAAAUAGCAUCCGGGCAAUUGUCAUUUAGUCAGAGACUAGCUCUCUCACGUAAUUACCCACGAUCCAUGCUGAACCACGGCGUGUUGCGGCGGCCGCCAUUCGGCUACCACUACGAAACAAGAAGACACAUCUCGAAUACAUAUCCGAGGAAUUCGUAUAAGAUAAGGUACGGUCUAUCGAACAUUGUCAGAAACAACAAUCGCGGAUCAUCGUCACCGUCGAAGGGUGGAAGAAAAAAUCCCAAAAGGAAGAAAAAAAAGAAAUCCGACGGUGAGGACGAUGGUGAAACGCCAGACGACACUUCUCCGCCGGACAAGAGUCCACCAGACGGGAGUCCACCAGCCGAGAGCCCACCUGCAGAAGCGAGUCCACCAGCCGAGAGUCCACCGCCGUAAAUACCAUAAAGUGCACUGUAUUACAGCUAAAGCGGAAUAUGAACGGUGGCUACGGCGGCAGAAUUUAGUUAUUUUUAUUUUUCGAUUUUCGAAAAUUAUAACAUUCAGUUUUUUUAAUUUAUUUUUCCGUAUGGAUUUCCAAGAAGUAACAGUAAAUAUAACAUACAUUUAAGCAAUUUAAGUAAAAAUAAAUAAAUAAAUAUAAAAUAUCAAUAAUAGCUAGCAAGUUAUAUAAAUAAUAGUAAGUAGGUAUCACACAUCUCUUUUAAAAUUCGUACAUCCAUCGGAUUGCGUCUCUUUCCAAGAAUUGGUGACUUCUCAUGUCUCCU